CAGCUUGCUGUCUAAUGCUGAAGGACAACGCUAUAAAAACUCUGCUGGUCACAAUUGCUCAGUUGCCUCUCUUCUGUCAUUGAGAAAAACAAGUUGUGAAUUUUGGAUUUUUAGAAUUCCAUCAUGUGUAAAGGACUUGCAACACUCCCUGCCACCUGCUUGAAAAGUGCUAAAGACAUCAAGCACAAAAUAAGCUUCUUACUCCAGAAGCCUGAACCUCAAGCUGCAGAUCAGAAGGAGAUAAAGGAGAAAACUGCAACGGCCAUUACAAAGAGAGUCCCUAAUGCUGCUGAGGUGGAGAAAUGGAAGGAGUCUUUCUGUCAUGUAAUGAGCAGUGAAAUGGGUCGCACAGUCUUUACCAGCUUCUUGAAGUCAGAGUUCAGCCAGGAAAAUGCUGACUUCUGGAUUGCUUGUGAGGACUACAAAAAGAGUCCACCUUCCAAGAUGGCAACCAAAGCCAAGCAAAUGUACCAGCAAUAUGUUGAGGCAGAUGCUCCAAACGAGGUAAACUUGGACGCAGCUACUAGAGAAAAAACAAGGCGGCAAAUUGAGAGUGGCGGCCCAUCCUGUUUUGAUGAGGCUCAGAAGAUGAUCUACAAUUUGAUGGAAAAAGACUCUUAUAGAAGGUUCCUGAAAUCCAGAAUGAUUCAAGAAAUUUGCCAGAAAGAUAAUUGUGCUGCUCAAGAGAAGAAAGGCUGCGAUUGGCCUGAGAGUAGGCAGGUUUUAGCUGGUGGGGCCUAAACACUGGGGUGACAUAAAGAUUUAAAGCAGGUGCCAAAGAUGGAAAGUGCAACAGAGAAUUAGACAGAAAGGGACAGAUUAUAAGAAAGAGUUUAUCCUUAAUGGUGACUCAUGUAGGUUUAUCUAGGAUUACUUUUUCUUUUAUCAUUUUAAUUUACUUGUUCAACUUGCUGUCAUUAACUUGCAGAGUUUAGUCAUCAUAUAUUUGAUCAAAUGUAAUGUUUUCCAUCUCUGAAUUCACAAUCUGCUGUGUUGUGGUUUUCUGAAGAGAUUGGUAUGGACAGACCUUGCAUUAUAUUUCCAUUAAUAAAAAAAAUACAUUUUUCACAAACAUAUGUUUAGUGAUUCCAAAUUAAAACCCUUGUAGUAACAAUAGGUCAGACAUUAAAAUGGAUUACAAUCAAUCUACCUCCAACCAACAAACUAAUCUUUAAAAAGCUCUUUACUUUGAAAGACUUUGGAAUACUUGAAAAAAGGUUAAAAAGACAAAGAAGCUCCCCAGACUGCUUAAACAUGUCCAUUUAAUGUUCACAUGCAGUUUGAAUUUUAGUGCAGUUACAGCACAAAUUUAAUACAAAACUAAAACUUGACUCAGUUCAUCAACCUGCCAAGACACUCCUUUGCACUUUAGCAAUUUGUUUUACUUUUCUUUGGAAUUUAAAAACCUAAAAUCUGACAAAUUUUGAAACAGAAGCAAAAAGAACCACAUCAAUCAGAUCUUACGACAAUAUUACUAUUGACAUGUAGUUUGAUUGAGUACAAAACUUCAGUAUUUCAGAUACAGCUAAAAGCACUGUGCAAAUAUACAUUUUGUCACACAGUGAUGUUUGAAUACAGCCCAGCAUAACAUUAUAACAUUAUAUUUGUGUUGACACACACAAAUAUCAAGUAGUAGCUAUUAAGUUGGUUGGUAACUAUUCACAAACAAGACA